UACCUUUAAUUUUUUAAUUAACAUCUAACAGAGGCGCGAUUUGUGUUCCUCCAUCCAUUUUUUCUCUCUCCUCUCUCUUCGUGCAAUCCACUCCACCUUCAUCAUCCAUCACCUACAUUCUGGAAAUUCGAUCCAAUUUUUUUGAUCAAAUUUUCUCUAAACCCUAAUUUUUCUAAUUUCGAUCCCAAUUUUUUUGUUUUUUCGAGGUAUAAUUCGAUUGAUUUGAUAUUUUUGUCUUAUACACUGCACGCAAAAUUACACCUAAGUGCCAAAAAAUUAAAAAAAUUAUUAAUGAAAAUCACAAUUUGAUCUGAAACUUCGCGAUCAGAUCUGGUGUCAUUGAAUCAGAGAAAUUGUUUGAUUAAAGUCUGCAAUUUUUUUUGCUCGACUGAUUGAAAUUUGUUAUCGUGUUCAGUGCCACAAAUUGAAUUUGAAGGACAAAUCUUUCUGUUUUUUUGGCUGAUUUAACACAAUUAUCGAAGCGAAUUGUUUAGGGCUUAUCGCCCUCUCAAAUUUGUGAUUGUUUUUUACCUUUUUGGAUCGACGCUUUGAUCUUUACCUCACAACACCGAUGUAGUUUGACGAUGGUGGAUACUUCGUAACGAAUCAGUUGAACUUUGGGGAAUUAGUUGUGAAAUGAUCACUAUUAAGAUUGAGGGAUGCUUGAAAUAAUCAGCUCUUUCUAAUUCUUGAAUGAGGGAGAAGAAGAAAAAGAGAAAUUGAUCAAAUUGUGCUUUGGAGCUUCUACAUUCUGUAGCUUUUUAGACUGGUGGAAGUUAUUUUUGUGUAGGAUUGGUCUAUAGCUAGUAAACGGGUUAUCUUUGUACACAUGCCUCAUUUUCGUUUUCAACUUUUGAGGCCGAGACUGACUUAUUCGAUGUGGAAGAGUACACAAGACCAGUUUCAUUAUUGACGAUAGUUUUGCUAAGAGGGUGGUUGUGAGGCCUCCUAUUCCUGGCUAUAGAAAAUAAACAAUCUUAUUCUGUUGGCUCUCUCCUUGAGCUAUCUUCUCUGUAACACCCCACACUAGACCGCAAGCGCCUCGUGUCGUGGGGUGGAAUGGAGCAAGUAAGUCGUCCUGCUAGUUUUGAGAUUUCUGGUACUGCAUCUAGGGUGCAGGAAAAAUUAAGAAAGUCUCAAGCUGUUUUCUAUAAGAGUGGGCAGUUGGAUGAUAAUAUUUUCUGUGAUCAAAGUCCAAGGUUAGUCUAUAUUGAUGAUCCACAGAGGACAAACAAUAAGUAUGAAUUUUCAAGUAAUGAGAUCCGUACUAGCAAAUAUACAUUGUUCAAUUUCUUGCCCAAGAAUCUCUUCAUCCAGUUCCACCGGGUUGCUUAUCUGUAUUUCUUAGCCAUAGCUGCUCUGAACCAACUUCCUCCGCUUGCAGUCUUCGGAAGGACAGUGUCUCUCUUUCCUCUCCUGUUUGUGCUUAGUGUAACUGCCAUAAAAGAUGGUUAUGAAGACUGGCGGAGACACAGGUCAGACAAAAAAGAGAAUAACAGGGACGCUCUUGUGCUUCAAUCAGGGUUUUAUGAGAUGAAGAAGUGGAAGGAUAUCCAGGCUGGUGAGAUUGUGAAGAUAUUUUCUAAUGAAACAAUUCCUUGUGACAUGGUAUUGCUGGGAACGAGUGAUGCUAGCGGUAUUGCCUACAUUCAAACAAUGAAUUUAGAUGGUGAGUCUAAUUUGAAGACCAGGUACGCGAGACAAGAAACAGCAUCAGUUGUUGCAGAAGGAGGAACAAUUUCAGGGCUGGUCAGAUGUGAACAACCAAAUAGGAAUAUCUAUGAGUUCACUGCCAAUUUGGAUUUUAGAGGGAAUAAGUUUCCCCUCAGUCAAUCAAAUAUUAUCUUGCGUGGUUGUCAGCUGAAAAACACAGAAUGGGUGAUCGGUGUUGUAGUUUAUACUGGUCAGGAAACUAAAGCAAUGUUGAAUAGUGCAGCUUCCCCUGCUAAGAGAAGCAAAUUGGAAAGUCACAUGAAUCGGGAAACCCUAUGGUUGUCGUUUUUUCUUCUUAUCAUGUGCUCUGUUGUGGCUCUUGGAAUGGGCCUGUGGCUUGAGCGCCACAAGGAGCAGCUUGACACUUUACCUUACUAUCGAAAAAGAUAUUUUACUGGCGGACGAAAGGAAGGAAAAAAUUACAAGUUUUAUGGGAUUGCUAUGGAGACUUUCUUUGCGUUCUUGAGUUCCAUUAUAGUCUUUCAGAUAAUGAUACCUAUCUCACUUUAUAUCACAAUGGAGUUGGUUAGGCUUGGACAAUCCUAUUUCAUGAUAGGAGAUAAGCAUAUGUACGAUAGCAGUAGUGACUCAAGGUUCCAAUGUAGAUCAUUGAACAUAAAUGAGGACUUGGGCCAGAUACGUUACAUAUUCUCAGAUAAGACUGGGACACUUACACAAAACAAAAUGGAAUUUAGGACAGCUAGUAUUUAUGGAAAGAUGUACGGGACUUUAUCUUUUUCUGCUGCACCUUCAUCAGGCCAGAGUCUUUCAGGAGUCGGUGGUGUGACCUAUGUGCCUAGAAAAAAGUGGAAACUGAAAUCUGAAGUUGGUGUUGAUUUUGAACUUAUGGAAUUGUUGCAUAAAGAAUUGGAAGGGGAUGACCGAAAUGCAGCCCAUGAGUUCUUCUUGACAUUGGCUGCAUGUAACACUGUCAUUCCUAUUUUCAAUCAAAGUGCUGCUCUGGAGCAUGUAGGAAAUGACGCUGAAGUAGAUGCUGAGGCAAUUGAUUACCAGGGUGAAUCUCCUGAUGAGCAAGCCCUUGUUGCUGCUGCUUCUGCAUAUGGAUAUACCCUUUUUGAGCGCACUUCUGGUCACAUUGUGAUAGAUGUCAAUGGGGAGAAGCUCAGGCUGGAUGUGUUGGGUCUGCAUGAAUUUGAUAGUGUUCGGAAAAGGAUGUCGGUUGUGAUUAGAUUUCCUGACAAUUCUGUCAAAGUAUUAGUAAAAGGUGCUGAUACAUCUAUGUACUCUAUUUUGGCCAAAGGAAUGGACAGGGAUGAUCAAGUAGAAACUGCUACUCAUGCUCAUCUUCUUGAAUAUUCUUCGUUUGGUUUACGCACAUUAGUUGUGGCUGCACGAGAUCUAACAGAUGGAGAACUUGAGGAGUGGCAGAAAAAGUACGAGGAUGCUAGUACAUCUUUGACUGAUAGAUCUGCAAAGCUACGUCAAACAGCAGCUUUGAUUGAACGUGACUUGAGAUUACUUGGGGCUACUGGUAUUGAGGAUAAAUUACAAGUUGGUGUACCUGAAGCUAUUGAGUCACUUCGUCAGGCGGGCAUUAAAGUUUGGGUUUUAACUGGUGAUAAGCAAGAGACUGCAAUUUCCAUUGGACUUUCCUGCAAACUCUUGACCUCUGAUAUGCAGCAGAUCAUUAUCAACGGCACUUCAGAACAAGAGUGCAGAAGCCUCUUAGCUGAGGCGCAAUCUAAAUAUUUUGUCACAUCAGAAUGUUCUGGGGAACAGAGAUUGAUACGGAAAAAGGACGCUGCAAAUGUUUAUGUUGAGAUCCCAGAUGAUUCAAAGAAUGUAGAUAUAGUGUCAUGGAACCCAGGAAAGGAAGAAGAACUGCCAAAUUCUUCACUGGCGCUAAUUAUUGAUGGGAAUAGUUUGGUUUACAUACUUGAGAAAGAUCUUGAGUCACAGCUUUUUUAUCUUGCAACUUCUUGUCAAGUUGUGGUUUGCUGUCGUGUUGCACCCUUGCAAAAGGCUGGGAUUGUUGAUUUAAUCAAGAGUCGCACUGAUGAUUUGACACUGGCUAUUGGUGAUGGUGCAAACGAUGUUUCAAUGAUUCAAAUGGCAGAUGUUGGGGUUGGAAUCUGUGGUCAGGAAGGACGCCAGGCGGUUAUGGCAUCUGAUUUUGCUAUGGGACAAUUUCGGUUUCUGAAAAGACUUCUCUUGGUGCAUGGACAUUGGAACUAUCAUCGUGUUGGUUAUCUGGUUCUCUACAAUUUCUACAGAAAUGCAGUUUUUGUACUCAUGCUGUUCUGGUAUAUAUUGUGCACUGCUUUUUCAACAACUCAAGCGUUGACUGAUUGGAGCAGUGUCUUUUAUUCUGUUAUAUACACUUCUGUGCCUACUAUUGUUGUUGGAAUUUUGGACAAGGACUUGAGUCAUAAGACAUUGCUCGAGCACCCAAAGCUCUACAGUGCUGGGCACAGACAAGAGAGCUAUAAUUUGCAGCUAUUUUGGAUAACAAUGCUUGACACCUUAUGGCAGAGUCUUGUUCUCUUUUAUGUUCCCCUGUAUACGUAUUUUGAUAGCACCCUUGAUAUCUGGAGUUUGGGCAGUUUGUGGACUAUUUCUGUUGUACUCCUUGUUAAUAUGCACUUGGCGAUGGACAUUCAACGCUGGGUAAUUAUCACUCAUGCUGCUGUAUGGGGAUCAAUUAUUAUUACUUGUGUAUGUAUGGUGGUUUUGGAUUCAAUACCUGUUUUUCCAAACUACUGGACCAUUUAUCAUCUUGCAGUUACACCUACCUAUUGGCUAACAAUUGCAUUGAUAUUAGUCGUGGCAUUGCUUCCCCGCUUUCUUUGCAAAGCUGUGUAUCAAAUGUUUUGGCCUUCCGAUAUUCAAAUAGCCAGGGAAGCUGAGAUAACGAGCAAACGGAAAAAACUGGAUGCAAAAGCAGAGUAUGCCAGCUGAUGUGUAUAAUGCACAAACGUACAGGCUUAGUUGUUGAGAUCACUCCACUACCCCUGAUUGUGCACUAAUUUUAUAUAUUGCCCACAGCCCUCAGUAUCCACCAGUGGUGUUAUGCAGGCUUUCGGAUCAAUGUACUGAUAUGGCGGUCGUUUCAAUUUAUGAUUAGGCACAGUUGACCAGAGCAGAAACAAGAAUUUCAGAGAAUUCAAGGGGAUGUACCAUUUAAUAAAAAUCCCAUCUCAGGAGAGUUUUUUUCUGGACGAGUCAAGACUCAAGGCAUGAUUAUAACAGGUGGUUCGAGGAAGGGGGAAAUAAUUGUAUGUAUCUGCAUCGACACAAUUCUCAGUACAGGAUACAUUGGCAGCAAUUUGUUGCCCAGGGGUUUGUUCAUACGGAAAGACCCGUAGAUAGAAAGAAAAAAAAAUAGUAUAGUACAUAAAAUUGUUAGCUUCAUGUAAAGAUUAGGUCUGUCAAUUUAUCUAAACUGUCACGAUCGAAAUGAAAAGAGCGCUUUUGUAAUCAAAGUUGCUUGUUGAUUGUUGUUUUUCA